AUGAAGACGGCAAAGAAGAAGUCUAGUAACUUAGCAUCUCUUUUAAUUGCCGAUCGAUUCUCUGGAAAGACAUGUCCAAAGAAGCACAUCCAAAGAAACUCAGUUACUCAGUUUACUCCUCUGCUGAUGCUGAACGAAAAGCUUACUAUAGAAAAUAAACCCAUUUCAAACUCAAAAUACACACCAGAGAGCACUGAGGCACUACAGGUUAAAUAUGAGAAGUUGAUAGCGAGUAUGGACUGUUCUUUAAGCAUUCCUCCUCGCGUUCCACACGAAUUUGUGGAGGCUGGCGACUUUAAACAACUCGAAAAUUUUGUAUUCAAUUGCUGGAAAUAUUCUCACAACGACAAAGUUUUUGAAAGAAAUAUUGAAAUUUGGAGACAGUUUUGGAUCACAUGUGAAAGAUCUACAACAAUAGCACAAAUUUUGGAUGCCAGGGAUCCAUUGGCCUAUUUUAACGAGGAUAUUCUGAAAUUCUAUCCCGAGAAAAACCAUGUGUUGCUGAUAAACAAGCUGGACUUGGAUAAAAAUGCUGAAAAGAAGCUUUUGAUGCUAGGGGCAAAAAAUGUUCAAGUAUAUGCCUAUUCUACCAGAAACUCCACCUUCGAUUUUUGUCUUUCUGGCACAAUUGGGCUGAUUGGAUAUCCGAAUGUUGGGAAAAGCUCAACAAUUAACAUGAUUCUUCAUCAGAAAAAGGUUAAAGUUAGCUCAACGCCAGGAAAAACCAAGCUUAUUCAAACAAUCGAAACUCCAAAUUUCACUCUUUUGGAUUGUCCUGGGCUUGUGUUUCCUUGCCAUUCGAAAAUUGAGCUUGUUUUGAUGGGAAUAUUAAACAUUGAUCAGAUUACCGAUCUUCACAAGUAUGAGCAGUGUGUGGUUAAUCGUAUCGGAGUUGGAACGCUGAAAAGGUUUUAUAGAAUAGCUGAUUCGGAAUGCGACUUUCUAACAGCUAUGAGUCUCCAAAAAGGUUGGGUUAAAAGCAAGUGUUUAAAGAUGAUAGCCAAGGACUAUGCCAUGGGAGAGAUACCAGCGCCGUUUGCCGACAGUUGA